CAUCCAACCGUCCUAACUGCCCGCCCGUACUGUGCUGCUGUUGCUGCACCCCGCCGCCUCAGGCCCUGUGCGCCAUCCCCCGAGAAUUCGCGUCCCGAUCCUGUUGCGGAUUCUGUGAGGUAUAGUCGCCUCCUUCGCCAGGCGCCCGUCGCUCUUCCUCCUCCUCCUUAUUUGCUCCGAUUGCGACCCAUACCCUCGCCGCGUGUCCGCGUGUGUACUCCUUCGCCCGCCAUGGACGUCGAGAUGUCUUCCGGCGACGCUGUGCCGCAGCAGUCGCAGCCCCAGACGCAAUCAGAAUCGCCAGCCAAGACGUCGCCCCCCGGCGCCUCGAGCGCCAGUUCCGCAGCCGCUGCCCAGAUGAGCUUCCGCAGGCAACGAGCGUCACGAGCAUGUGAGACCUGCCACGCACGAAAGGUCCGAUGCGAUGCCGCAAGCCUGGGGGUGCCUUGCACCAACUGCGUUGCCUUCCAGAUUGAAUGCCGCAUCCCAACUCCCAAGCGCAAGAAGCAGAGCUCUACUCCGGGGCAGAAUUCCAAGGAUUCGGACAGUGACCGUGAAGGCGUUGAUGACAGGCAGCCGCAACCCCAGCCGCAGCCGCAGCAGCAGCAGCAACAGCAACAGCAACAACCACAGACCGCACCUGUCGGUGCUACCAAUGCCUACCCUCGAGCCCCGACCGUAUCACACACAGCCGACGGGACCCCUUCUUCGGCCAUGACGGAAUCACAAGUACGACAAGAGGAAGUCGACAACAAUACAUACCUAAACCUCGUCAUGAAGCCCAAAUUCACGCGUGCUCCCAUUACGGAAGCUGGCCGGGUGGCAUUCCUCGGAGAAUCCUCGAAUCUUACCCUGCUUGUUCACGAUCGGCAGGGUUCCUCAGAUGUCGUGCAUUACCCGCUGCCUGAGAACGUGCGCGGUUCUCGUGCGAGGUUGACUGAGCUGGACAACGUCGAGAUCGACAUUUUGCACCAAAGAGGCGCUUUUCUAUUGCCACCGCGUUCGUUGUGCGAUGAACUGAUUGACGCCUACUUUAAAUGGGUUCAUCCCAUUGUCCCUGUCAUCAAUCGGACACGCUUCAUGAGGCAGUAUCGCGACCCGAAGAACCCGCCCUCUCUUCUCCUCCUCCAAGCGGUGCUCUUGGCAGGCUCACGCGUAUGCACAAACGCGCAGCUCAUGGACGCCAACGGCUCGACCACCCCGGCCGCCCUAACCUUCUACAAGCGCGCCAAGGCCCUCUACGAUGCCAACUACGAGGACGAUCGUGUCACUAUUGUGCAGUCGUUGCUGCUCUUGGGCUGGUACUGGGAAGGCCCGGAGGAUGUUACGAAGAAUGUUUUCUACUGGAGCCGUGUGGCGACAAUAGUCGCGCAAGGCUCCGGCAUGCACCGCAGCGUUGAGCAGUCCCAGUUAAGCAAGUCUGACAAGCGCCUCUGGAAAAGGAUAUGGUGGACUCUUUUCACCCGCGACCGGUCCGUGGCUGUCGCCCUCGGUCGACCAGUCCACAUCAACUUGGACGACUCCGACGUGGAGAUGUUGACCGAGGAUGACUUCAUCGAGGAUGAAACAGAGCAUGCCAGCGAGUAUCCUCCCGACCCGAUUCACGUUCAGUUCUUCCUCCAGUACGUCAAGCUAUGCGAGAUCAUGGGCCUUGUCCUCUCCCAGCAAUACUCGGUUGCCUCCAAGGGUCGGCAACGCAACGCCAUCGACUUGACCCAUAGCGACAUGGCCCUCGCCGACUGGCUGCAAAACUGCCCCAAGAUCGUGUACUGGGAGAUGCCUCGCCAUCACUUCUGGUCGGCGCUGCUGCACUCCAACUAUUACACAACACUGUGCCUCCUGCACCGCGCACACAUGCCACCCAGCGGCACUAGCAGGUUUACGGAUGACUCGCCUUACCCCUCACGCAACAUAGCGUUCCAAGCGGCAGCUAUGAUCACCUCCAUCGUGGAAAACCUGGCGGCGCACGGUGAGCUGCGCUACUGCCCGGCCUUUAUCGUGUACAGCCUCUUCUCCGCCCUGAUCAUGCACGUCUACCAGAUGCGGUCCCCGGUGCCUUCGAUCCAGCAGGUCACACAGGACAGGAUGCGGAGCUGCAUGCAGGCGAUGAAAGAAGUCUCUCGAGUUUGGCUCGUGGGAAAGAUGGUGUACACUCUUUUCGAGUCCAUCAUCGGCAACAAGGUGCUGGAAGAGCGGCUUCAGAAAGCAGGAGCAAAGAGACACCGGCGGAUGCAGCAGAGCCUGUCACAACUCGAUAACCACAGCAAAGCCCAGGAUGCCUCAAAACGCAAGUAUGACGACAUGGCCAUCGACUUUACCGCCAACGCUCCGACUCCGCAAGAGUCGUACGAGCGGUCGCGACCUCAAACGCCAAGCGCUGUUAAGAAUGACGCCCCUGCCACGGUGCACCAACCGAGCGCGACCUCACCCAACACCCGACCUAGCGGCGCCGAUACCUUCAUGGGCGGGACUAGUUCACGGCCGCAGACUCGCCCGGCGACGCCUUUCAACCCGUCCUUUUCCGUACCUGCCACACCGCCCGAUUUAUAUCUCGUCACAAGAAACUCGCCCAACCUGUCUCAGUCUAUUUGGGAGAAUUUCCAGCCAGACCAGCUGUUCCCCGAAAGCUCAAGCAUGCCGGCCGUCCCCAAUUUGUCGCCAACACAGACCCAUCAAAGCCUGGACCAGAGCCUCAUGGCCCAGAUGACCCCAAGCAGCAUGACUCACAGCACUCACGGCCAGCAGGGCAAUCAGUUCCCGCCGAGAGGUAGCCAUGGUCAAGGCAACGGGAUGGUGGGCAUGCAAGGCUUCCAGAGCCAGUCCGGUAUUUGGCAGAGCAACUUUGACGGCGGAGUUCAUGACGGCCAAAGUCCAGAUAGCUGGAGUACAGGCUCGGUUCAGGGGCAGCCUGCACCUACGACGCUCAACGUGGAAGAUUGGUUCCAAUUUUUCGGCAUCAAUGGUGAUGCCAGCAACUUGAAUCUCGACGUCUCUCUGAGCUGAGUGGACAGUGAUAUCUUGGUUCAUUGUGGUCUCAGGAGAAUCUUCGAUCGCUCAUCAUACCUUGAGGUUGUGCGUUGGAAGCUUGAAGUUUCGGAGAGUGAUACACAGCUUCAGCUUGGACAGGCUUUACCAGCAAGCUACCCCAUGACCGAUGACUCCUGCCGGAACCUGACCACAUGGCUUGGCGAGGCACACAUGCCGGCCGACCGAUGAGGAGGCCUACCACUGCCAACGAGGCGCGCCCCAGCUGGAGAAAGCAGCUUGUCUGGUUACUAGUGCCGCGCCGUGCCAUGCCCCAGUACGAGCAAGAUCGUGGGCGGACGUGUCAGGCCGGGCGUUUGCGCAAGACGUACCCGAUUCGAGGUGAUGUAGGUGCGACUUGAGGAGGAGGGUGAUGGACAGCCGGCCCCGAGCUGUGGUCUGUAAGCUUUGCUACUGUUGGUCAUGAGAUAUAAUGGGAGUCGUCGAUCGUCGCGAUGGCGCAGGCUAUGGUGCUCUCUCUAUCAGACGAUAGAUGGCUCCACGAAAGGUUCAAUUCCGAGCUCGCUACGUGGUUGCAGGUCGAACCAAUGUCGCCAUGGGUCAUCAGGGGGGCAAUACUCGUGCGUUAUGUGAAUUCCAGCCUGUCACCUCUCUUGCUAAAUAUUAGUCGCUGGCAUAGGUAUGCAUGAAUCAUACUUAUACUCGAGGAGUGAUGAAGGAUAGAGCACAAGCCCGAGGGGAUCAAGUCACCUACACGGGGGCGGCAGGGCACUUAAGGCCACCUAAAUGGCUGCGGGGUGGCUGGGCCAAGAAGAACGCGGCAACUUCAGUUCCUUUCGGCUGCAUAUAUAGGCAAGGUACUAGGUAGGUACCUGAAGCACCUACGUUACCUAGUAUCUGCCUCCCGACCUAAGAUAGGAAGGUACCUGUAGGCGUGGUGGUGGUGCCUUCCUACCUUAUCUUACCUCAACCGGUCUGGAAUAUGAGUUUCUUUCGGACCCAGACAGUGCAGGUAGGUACCUCAAGCAUAUCCGGUGCCUUGGCCCUUGCAUAAGUACCGAGCGACCAAGACACGCAUAUAGAUAAGAUAAUGCGCGAGCAAAGAUGCCUCAGAAUAUGUUGCCUAAGCAUGCAAGCACA